AUGCGCGGGCCAACAGGCUGGGCAUCAGAGCGCCGGGCGGGGGAAGUGGGCGGAGCGAGGCCAGCUGGCGUGGGGGAGGAGGCAGGAACCGCGAGGGCGCCUCAGGAGCACGGCGGUGGGGGAGGGGGCGGCUCGGGGCCCUGCGCGGGGUCCGGGGGAGGCGGCUUCGGGGGUUCAGUGGCAGCGGCGUCAGGCGGCAAAUCCAGUGGUGGGGGCUGUGGAGGCGGCGGUAGUUACCUGGCCUCCUCCUCUUCCUCCGUGGCGGCAGCGGCGGGGGCCGCGGUGUUACCGGUGAAGAAGCCGAAAAUGGAGCACGUCCAGGCUGACCACGAGCUUUUUCUCCAGGCCUUUGAGAAACCAACGCAGAUCUAUAGGUUUCUUCGAACGCGAAAUCUUAUAGCGCGGUAACCAGUAUUUUUGCAUAGAACUCUUACUUACAUGUCUCAUCGAAACUCCAGAACAAACAUCAAAAGGAAAACAUUUAAAGUUGAUGAUAUGUUAUCAAAAGUAGAGAAAAUGAAAGGAGAGCAAAAAUCUCAUAGCUCGUCAACUCAUCUGCAGCUUACAUUUACUGGUUUCUUCCACAAAAAUGAUAAGCCAUCACGAAAUUCAGAAAAUGAACAAAAUUCUGUUACCCUGGAAGUCCUGCUUGUGAAAGUUUGCCACAAAAAAGGAAAGGAUGUACGUUGUCCAAUAAGACAAGUUCCUACAGGUAAAAAGCAGGUGCCUUUGAAUCCUGACCUCAAUCAAACAAAACCUGGAAAUUUCCCGUCCCUUGCAGUUUCCAGUAAUGAAUUUGAACCUAGUAACAGCCAUAUGGUGAAGUCUUACUCAUUGCUAUUUAGAGUGACUUGUCCAGGAAGAAGAGAGUUUAAUGGAAUGAUUAAUGGAGAAACCAAUGAAAAUAUUGAUGUCAAUGAAGAACUUGCAGCUAGAAGAAAACGAAAUCGUGAAGAUGGAAAAACAUUUGUUGCACAAAUGACAGUAUUUGAUAAAAACAGGCGCUUACAGCUUUUAGAUGGGGAAUAUGAAGUAGCCAGGCAGGAAAUGGAAGAAUGUCCAAUAAGCAAGAAAAGAGCAACAUGGGAGACUAUUUAUGAUGGGAAGGUAUGGACUACUUAG